AUCAAGGACCGAGGAGGACUCCACAGCCAAAAUGGCGUUGAGAAAUGUUGCGAUGAGAGUCUUGUUGCUCCUGGUGGUGGUGAGCGCCGCAUAUGCCGCCAAAGGCAAGGAGAAGAAGAAGGAGAGCGCAGAUGGUCCGGCAGCGUCUGGUCCGGCGGCGUCUGGUCCGGGCGGGGAGUACGACAUCACCAAGCUCGGCGCCAAGCCCGACGGCACAACGGACUGCACUGAGGCGGUGGAGGAGGCAUGGGCUUCGGCAUGCGGUAGCACCGGGAACCCGACCAUCAUCAUCCCCAAGGGUGAUUUCCUGACUGGAGCUCUGAAUUUCACGGGGCCGUGCAAGGGCGACGGACUCACCAUCAAGCUGGAAGGCAACCUGCUAGCUUCCAACGACCUGGCCAAGUUCAAGUCUAACUGGAUCGAGAUCAUGCGCGUGAAGAAGCUCUCCAUCACCGGCAAAGGCAACAUCGACGGUCAGGGCAAGGCCGUCUGGACCAAAAAUAGCUGCCAAAAGAACUACAACUGCAAGAUAUUGCCAAACUCGCUGGUGCUGGACUUCUGCGACGACGCGCUCAUCGAAGGCAUCUCUAUCAUCAAUUCCAAGUUCUUCCACAUGAACAUCUUCCAGUGCAAGGGCGUGACCGUCAAGGACGUGAAGGUGAGCGCGCCCGGGGACAGCCCCAACACCGACGGUAUCCACAUGGGCGACUCGUCCAAUGUCAGCAUCAUCGACACCACCAUCGGCGUUGGCGACGACUGCAUCUCCAUGGGCCCCGGCACCACAAAAGUCAACAUCAGCGGCGUGACCUGCGGCCCAGGCCAUGGCAUCAGCAUUGGCAGCCUCGGGAGGUACAAGGACGAGAAGGACGUGACCGACAUCACCGUCAAGAACUGCGUGCUCAAGGGCUCCAGCAACGGCCUCCGCAUCAAGUCGUACGAGGACGCCAAGUCGCCCCUCGUAGCAUCCAAGAUCACCUACGAGAACGUCAAGAUGGAGGACUCGGGCAACCCCAUCAUCAUCGACCAGAAGUACUGCCCCAACAAACUUUGCACCUCCAAGGGCGACGCCGACAGGGUCACCGUCAAGGACGUUACGUUCAAAAACAUCACCGGCACGUCCUCCACCCCCGAGGCCGUCAGCUUGCUCUGCUCCGAGAAGAAGCCCUGUGAAGGCAUCACAAUGUCCGACGUCAAGAUCGAGUACUCCGGCACGAACAACAAGACCAUGGCUGUCUGCACCCACGUCAAGGUCACCGCCACGGGAGUCGACAAGGCCAACACAUGUGCGGCAUGAUUUCUUUUCUCCGUAUUUCGGAUGUACCAAGUGUUCUAAUUUCUCUCUCUUUUUCAUUUCUUUUUUUGCGAUCCCGGCCGCUCGAGGAGAUUAUCUUUUUAGUUUCGAUUUUGUUAAUUCUCAUCUAAAUGAGAAUUAGUCAUCUCACAUCUAACUGCUAAUCCUUUUGAUACAAAUUCUAAGAUUUGUAAGUUUCCUUUAGCGCAUGCCCAAACGACGCGUUUGAUUAGCAUGAGCAAUUUCUGUGUAUUGUCUCGUUUCCUUUGAUAAAAUGGGACUGUCUAUUUAACAUC